GUCACAUUUCUGCACUGCAAUUUUUCGCAAUUUGAUAUUUGAUUCAUUUUACUUUCGAUCGGGCAAAAUGUGUCGCACGCCACUCUGUUCACCUUAAAAGCAGACGCUCCAGCUCUACUGGCCACAAUUAAUCGUUCGAUUGAAGUCCAAGUGUUCACCUGGGCGAAGGUGAAAAGCCUAAGAAGCAGAGAGGAGCAGCAGCGAAGCGCAGAGAGGAGCGGAGCCGCGAGGAAAGGAGAGCCAAGGAGGAGCAGUAGUAGCAGGGAGCAGGAAGAGGAAAAGUCUUCAAAGUCGAACUGAACCCAAAGCCAGUUUCCCAUUAAUUUCCCAUUUCCAGGCAUGGAGAGUCCUUGCGAAUCGGAGAGCUCAUUGGACGGAGGCACCAUGCUUCCUCCAAGCCCAGUAUCUAGGGAGCAGCUCCAAAAGCGAAUCGAGUCGUUAACCCAACAGAACAAAGUGCUGAAAGCUGAGCUGGACACCUUUAAAACCAAGUGUAAGGUGGUGCAAGAGGAGAAUCGUUGCCUCAAACAGGCCUCGGUUAUCAUUCAAGCAAAAGCCGAACAGGAGGAGGAGUACAUCUCGAACACUUUGCUGAAGAAGAUCCAGGCAUUGAAGAAGGAAAAGGAGACGUUGGCGCAUCACUACGAACGCGAGGAGGAGUGUCUGACCAACGAUCUCUCCCGCAAGCUGGACCAGCUGCGUCAGGAGAAGUGUAAGCUCGAGCAGACCUUGGAGCAGGAGCAGGAGUGCCUCGUUAAUAAGCUGAUGCGCAAGAUUGAGAAGCUGCAAGCCGAAACGGACAACAAGCAGACCAAUCUUGAGCAGCUGCGCCGCGAGAUGGUUGAAUUGGAAAACACUCUCGAACAGGAGCAAGAGGCACUAGUCAACAAGCUGUGGAAACGGAUGGACAAGCUCGAAACGGAGAAGCGUUCGUUGCAGAUCAAGCUGGAUCAACCCGUUUCUGAUCCGACCACGCCGCGCGACAUUACCAACAAUGCUCAUGCGAAUGGUGGGGAUACGGCUACGAGCCUGAGUGCCCACAUCCAGAAUCUACGGUCGGAGGUACUUCGUCUACGAGCUAAUCUGGCCGCAGCCCAGAAGGAGACCACUAUCAAGAUGCAGCAGUUUGCCCUGGAAGAGAAGUCCAUACGCGAAGAGAACGCACGCCUUCAGAGGAAACUGAAACAGGAAGUCGAACGCCGUGAAGCGCUCUGCCGACACCUCUCCGAGUCUGAAUCCUCGCUGGAAAUGGAUGAGGAACGCUUCUACAACGAGAGCAUGAUGUCCGGAACAGCGGCAGCAGCUGCGGCGGCGGUGGCGGCGGCCGCAGCAUCGGCAGUUAGCGCUCAGAGGCAGCGCACCAUUAGUAGUCCAGUUUCCCACAGCCCCUCCAGCAGCCGGCCACUUAGUCCAGGCACGGCCGGUCAGAACCGUUGCUACGCCUGCGGACAAAUUGUGAAUCGUCGUGCUAGCGAGCGCUUUAUUAAGCCAGCACUGCCAACGCCCAUGUUGGGCCUAAACACUUCCGCACCAAACGUGCUAACCCCUACAAACCCGCUCCUAGGCAUGCUGGGCCCCAGUGGCUCUUCCGCCUCUGUCUCCUCAUCAUCGGCAUCGGGAUCUGGGAAUGCCGCUGGCGGCUUUCUAUCGAAUUUGGGCGGUGAGCGGCUAAGCCUAGGAUCGAUGUCUACGGCUGGCGUUGGUGGCGGUAGCUCCACGUUUCUGGCGGGCGGUGGCCUGCUAUCCCAGUUUACGGGCAACUCUAGCGCCUCAUCGUCGUCGUCCAAUCUGAUGAACAUCAGUCUGAAUAACUCGUCCAGCGGCAAUCUGGUUAACAGCAGCAGCAACUCGUCGCUGUCAGCCUUCACUCCAACCAAUCCGCCCAGCUCGGCGGCACCGGCCUUUAUCCAGCCGGCCAGCCCCAUGGACACGUCCACCUGCAAAGAUUAGACAGGCAGGAUGCACCAUCGCCAAUCCAUUAAAAGAAACAUGACUUAUUUUCAAACACAGAAACACACAUACACACUCUAUUCAUAAACACGCACGCACGUACGCAAGCAACCAGUUAAACGAAACUAACAACAUAAGUAAACUAAACACAAGAAAUGAUCGAAAGAUGAGACACAAUUGAAACUAUCGUAAGCUUCUCCAAGGUGCGACUCAAAGUCGCUUCAUUUAUAUAUGGUUAAUAUGUAUGUUCUAUUUGAUCAAAAUCUCUUAAACCCUUUCAAUAUCGGAAUUCCUAGGCGAACGAAUAUUUAACGCUAAUGUUUAAGAUUUGAAUGUUUUCUACUUUCGCUCGGUUCCAGUUAAAGUUAAGUAAAAAAAAACAAAUACAGAAAAGGAUGAUAAAAAUAAGGAGGGGAUUAUCCAGAAGAGGAGGGUCAGCAAAAGCAACCAGAUCGUAUGAAUUUAUAAAAAUGGUGAAUUCUAUUCAUGUCGAAACCAAUUUCCCACACUUCCUUCGCAAGUGGGCCUAAAAUUUUGAAGUAUAUAUAUGUAAGCCAACAAAAAUAAAGUUCAACAAUUUAAAAUUUAAA